GGUUGGCGAGGUUGGACUGAGCCAUGCCAUGCAUGGCGUCGUGAAUGGAUGCGUAGUAGUGGUGACCAAGGCUAGGCUAGGCGUGGGUACCGAAGUUUGUCAAUUUUAAAACCUUAAUGUUCGUCAGUUCCAAUCCAGAAUUGAGGUUUUUCUUAGUUUUUGAACCGACAGUUUUUUCAACGUUCGUUUAUUUCAAGAGUUUUUCUUCGAUUUUUUCCUUGUCAUCACAAGUAUUUUUCUAUUUGUAUCAUGAAUCGUGGAGGAUACAGCGGAGGCCCUGGUGGCCAUCAUUACGGCGGCAUGGGAUACAACGGAGGCUACGGAAUGGGACCUGGUCCAGGACCAAUGCACAAUUAUCCUAGUGGUGGAGGAAUGAUGGGUGGUGGCGGCGGUGGGGGAGGUGGUGGUGCUAACCUCAACAACAUAACCAAUAGCAAUGACCCAAAAUCAAAGGCCUCCAGAGUGUUCCUAGGAAACCUGAACACGGGAUUUGUGAAGAGGCCUGAGGUAGAACAAGUGUUCCGUAAAUAUGGACAGAUUUUAGGCAUCUCCCUUCACAAUGGUUUUGGGUUUAUUCAGUUCAGCAAUGAGCACAGUGCUAAGAGUGCAGUAAUGGAAGAACAGGGAAGAGUGAUGGCAUACCAACCUUUAGAUCUCAGAAUAGCCAGCGAUCCAGACAAGAACCGACCAAAAGGAUUCAAGAGGGUCCAGGGAGACUGCUUUGGGAUGGAACAUGCAUCUGCCCCAAGUGUUUCCCCUCAAGCAAUGGGUAAUGGUAUCGGACGACUUGGAGGCAUGAUGGGGGCGCUUCAGAACAUCAUCGAUCGAAAUUCCCCUGGCAACCUGACAAACAGUACGCACCCUAAUGACCUGGCCUCAAGGUUAUUCAUUGGCAAUUUGAACACAGGCCUGGUGACCAGGCAGAACAUUGAGCACAUCUUCAGUCAGUAUGGAAAGAUCACUGGUAUCUCAUUACACAAAGGGUUUGGCUUUGUUCAGUUUACUAAGGGAGAUGAUGCUAUGGCAGCAAAACAAAAGGAGCAUGGAAGAAUCCUUGCAAGUCAGCCACUAGAUUUACAUAUUGCAAAUGAACCAGACAGAGAGCGACCAAAAGGAUUCAAACGAGUGCAAGAUGAAGCGAAAUACACUGGAUAUGUUGAUCCGACAUUACUCCCAAUUCAUCCAACUUCAGGACCGCCAGCCAAAAGAAAGAAAGAAGAAGGUGAUGCAUUCAACUUUUAUUUUGCAGAACCUGAUGACUGGCAGUGUAGCAUUUGCGACGAAAUCACACCAACAGCCUGGCAACUAAUCAAGCAUGCAGCCACAAUUCAUGAGCUCGUCAUUUACAGGGACAACAAAGCAAUGCAAGCUAUGCAGACGUCCUAGAUGAUGACUACAAACGCACUAUGAGUCGCAUUUUCAGACAAUUCAACUACAAAUAAUAAUUUCUUCAACAUUUGUAGUUUUCAAAUAGAAGGAUAUGGUAAUUUGUAGUUGUACUCAUAUUUUUAAAGGUUUACAGUAGUUGAAAUUUAACAACAAAUAAUAAUGUACAGCCAGGCAUGCAGUGUCAGUCCUAGCAGACAAUGUUUGAUGUCAAACAUUGUCCAACUUCCUACAGGUAAAGGACAGACAUACAAUUUAUUUCAUUAUAUGUCUGAAGCUGGGCAUACAAUACAGAUAUUUUUUGCCCAAACAAAUGUUUGUUGACAGAUUCUAUUAGUGUAGUCCUGGAGUAAACUUUUCAUCUUGAACGCUGUUAGUCGGGAAAAAUUAACUGCCACUGAAUGUGUCCUUGAGAAUAUAAACCGAUUUCCUUAUUGCAUUUAUUAAUCAUUGUUGUUGUUAUUUAGUUGUUUUUGUUAACCAUAUUAUAUAUCUGUCACUAUAUAUAGGUGCUUUAAUGCCGCUUAUUAUGCAUGUUGCAAAUUAUUAUUAUUAUCUAUUUUUGGAAGCAUUGGUUACUAGUUUUCUGCCCUCUGGAGUAACAUGCUUUUAAUGUACAGUAAUACUACCCUCCCUUACUAAGUUUAACUAAGUUGAUCUUUUAUAAGUUGUUAAAUGACCAAAUGAUUUUUAGUUUUUUUCUCAUUUUACCUUCAUAUAGUAGGCAUAUGAGCAAUAUAACACCAUAAGCAAUCAGUUUAUGUCAAAUGCAUGAUACAUAAAAUAGCAGCAUGGAAUAGCUCGCAGAGUUAAAUUUACUUUUUCGGUUUUUGAUUUAUUUGUUGUUGUUAAGAUGUGGAUAAUUGCUUUGGAGUAGGUUUUGUACAGAAUAAUGCUUUAGAUUUCUCAAUGUGUUUAUUUUCACUGUAAGAAAGAUUUUAAGUUCAUCAACAUGUAAUAAUAAUCUAAUUAAGAAGACUGCUAUCAUGAAUUGAAUACAGACGUGACUGGAGGUUAGUAUGGUGAUGUAUUGGGCCAAUAGGCCUAUUGAACAAGGCAUAGUAACAUAGUAAGUUUGGAGGGAGAAUUGAGGCAUGUGUCUGUAGGCCUAGUGGGCAUGUUAUCUUACUGAGCAUGUGCAGUUGGUCUGUUUGCAAAUUUAAGCUGUUCUUGUAAAGUAAUGUACAUGGUUAUGAAUUCAUUCCGCAUCCAGUUCAAAUCUCAGUUGUUUAAUAAAUAUAUGUAUUUGUGGUGUCCGAAAUUUGAAUAAAAGAUUUGUCCACGA